GUACCAAAAACGGUGCAAAUGUAAAAUUAAUGAAGUCGCGCAUUGGCUCAGAGUGGCGUCAAUCCGCGCGUGUAGGCUGGCAGACGUGCUCCCGUGUUAUUUCUGGGGGGAGCAGCAGGGUUAAAGUACUAAAAAAAAAAUGUUGCCGAUCCACAACACGGGGAUGGACUGAAUGGAGGCAACGUUAUCCGCGAGCGAGACGAGAGAGAGCAGCAUAACAGUCGUUCAUCCAUCCACAGCGCAGCGCGAGACUCUCCGAGCGGCUUGUUGAGUUCUCCAUAGACGUCCAGCCCUCGGCCUCCCCAUGCCUCCAUCUCCUCUCGACGACAGAAUUGUGGUGGCGCUGCCAAGGCCAAUCCGACCUCAGGAACUCCAACUGCGCCUGGACACCAGCUACCUGGACUCCAUCGCCAGCAGCAGCAGCAGCAGCAGCAGUGAGAGCAGCGAGAGCAGCGAGACCGUAAUCAGCACCACCGUGGUGACGAUCCGAGCGACGGCUAAUCUUGUGACGUAUAUGCCCUCAUCCAAGGGCUCCACGCGCUCAUUGUCGUGUGGAUGCAGCAGUGCCAGCUGUUGCUCUGUGACUACCUAUGAGAAGGACAGCCAGAGCCUCAGCCACAGCCCGGUGAGCGCCAGCAGCCCCAACCUCAGCUAUGCCACGCCUCCCACGCCGAUGGUCAGCAACCACGAGGCACGAAGCACCCCCAGCCUCACCUCGGGAACUCCAAAGGCCAUAUCCACCGUGAGGGUCAUCCAUGCCAACGAGCUGGCCAAGCGCAUGACCUGCUGCCCCAUGGGGCACCCCAUAGGGCCAGUGCCGGUCAUCAUCGACUGUCGACCCUUCAUGGAGUACAACAAGAGGCACAUCCGUGGGGCCGUGCACAUCAACUGCUCCGACAAGAUCAGCCGGCGGCGGCUGCAGCAGGGCAAGAUCACUGUGCUGGACCUGAUCUCCUGCCGUGAGGGCAAGGACUCCUUUAAGGGCAUCUUCUCCAAAGAGAUUGUGGUUUACGAUGAGAACACGGCGGACCCCAACCGGCUCACCUCGUCCCAGCCGCUGCACGUGGUCCUGGAGUCGCUGAGAAGGGAGGGCAAGGACCCCAUCAUCCUCAAAGGAGGCCUUGGCAGCUUCAGGCAGAGCCACGAGAACCUGUGCGAGCAUUCGCUGCACCUUCACGAGGGUUUGGACAUGGGUGCAGCCGCCGGCCUGACGGGGGCGCUACCUCACUCCCUGCCCUCCACCCCAGACAUAGAGAACGCGGAGCUGACGCCAAUCCUGCCGUUCCUCUACCUGGGGAACGAGCACGAUGCUCAGGACAUCAACCUGCUACAGCGCCUGAACAUCGGCUACAUCCUCAACGUGACCACGCACCUGCCGCUCUACCACUAUGACACGGGCCUCUUCAUCUACAAGCGCCUCCCUGCCACCGACAGCAACAAGCAGAACCUGCGACAGUACUUCGAGGAGGCGUUUGAAUUCAUCGAGGAAGCACAUCAAGCAGGUAUGGGCCUUCUGAUCCACUGCCAGGCAGGCGUGUCCCGUUCCGCCACCAUCGUGAUCGCCUACCUGAUGAAGCACACCUGGAUGACUAUGACGGACGCCUACAAGUUUGUCAAGACCAGGAGGCCCAUCAUCUCCCCGAACCUCAACUUCAUGGGACAACUGUUGGAGUUCGAGGAGGAUCUGAACAACGGAAUAACGCCGCGAAUCCUCACGCCAAAGUUAAUCGGCGUGGAGACUGUUGUGUAAAACUAAGCCCCCUCUUCUGAAUUGUACUGGUUUUUUUCCAAGAGAGACCAGCUGGUUUUUUUUGAAGCAUGAGAGAGAAAGACGCUGUGUUCUUCUCGAAUCUCCUCAUGCUCAUCUUGGACUCUCUGGAGUUUGCCAAAGCUGUGGGUCAGUGGUGAUGAAAAAUGCCAAAAAUCCCUGCUGUUUGGACCUGGCCGACGUCCGGGGAUGAGAAGAUGAGUUAGAGAGGCGGAGAGAGGAAGGGGAGGAAGCGGUCAGUGGGAUAGAUUUCCAUUUGUGAUCGCAGAGGCGGAGUGAAUACUUAGGGAGGAGAAAAUCAGUUUGGGAAAGAUAUACUCUAUGCUUAAGGGUAAUUACUGAAGAAAAAAAAGAGAAAGAAACUCCUACUAAAGCUCACACUGUGGCACAGUUUUUGUUUGGCGACAGUUGGCCACAGCAGUGCCUGAGAAGAAAAAACAAAAGAAAAAGAAAAAAGAAGUAGAAGACAUGUUUGGUGUGUUAAUGUUGUUCUAUUUUUAUACAGGGGUUUAUGGGGGUGACCAUGACGAGCCCGUGGCGGCUCACUGUGCAAUAAUUUCAGAAUGGAAUGCAACCGAGACCUUGAUCUUAUGUGUAUAUAUGGGUAAUGAUUACAAAACGUUUCCAGCGCUUUGCUGAAAUGUCAUUCUCGGUGUGUUUGUUUGUAAUUACUUUUGUCAGUCCAACCACAAUUUCAUGUUAAUGUUUUUUUUUUUUUUGCUUCACAUUUAUUAUAUUUCAUUGUUUUUUGCCCAUUCCUGCAUCCACAGAAGCAUAUGUUUUAGGUGUCUGCAGAGCCAUGUAGCCAUGUGAGUUUUUUAUGCAUGGCUGGAAGAAAAAAAACAACAACACUUCAGUGAAUAUUAUUAUAAAACAGGGCUACUGGUGAUGUUUGAUGUUACAGGGGCACAAAUUUCACUGCCUGCUUCUGCCUCCUGUGUUCUAUUCUUUUUGUUUGUUUUUGCCCCACUUCAUACUUAAACCACCUCUGUUGUUAUGUACUCCGCUGUUUUAGCGUGGGGGUCGGGGGUCAAAUUUUCCCUUUCUGUGCAAGGUUCCGAAUUACGUACAAUUUUUAUUAUGGGCCCAUUUUCGUGAUGGUGAAUACGCAGGACAACUUAUGUUUCAAGGUCCCGGUGUACUUCCGCACACAUGCCUAUCGCGGACCCUAGUAUACUUGCGCAGCAGGGUCCUGUAGUAUCCCACUUCACCAUCGGGUGACGGUACAAGUCUGGACGCAGGGAACAACAAACUACCAAAGAAGAAGCGAACAAUGCUACAGCUCCUUAGGACACGUCUGGUUGAACCAGACACACCCAACGCGCUCUCUGCGAGUGGUUCCAAAAUCUGGGCUUGCACGCACUGCCUGCACGUUGAUGGCGCAAUUUGGUCCGUGCUAGUUGUGCGCAGAAGUAUACCAGGGCCUUGAUUCCAUGCAGAUAGCAACAUACUUUCUGCUUCACGCGUUGAACGUUCGGGUGGCGGUUUAAAUUUGAUAGGAAAGGAGAAAAUGUUUCUCCAAAGAGACAGAAUGUGGAAACUCUGACCCCAGUCCUUCCUGUCUCUUGUAGCUGCAUGGUCUCUUUUUUUUGUUGUUGUUGUCAUAGCAUUUUCAACUAUGAUUUGGGUCAUUCUCAAGUAGCAGAGUAGAGGUACUACGACAGAGUAUUAGGGCCAAACUGAAUAAUUAAUGUGGUUACAUCCGUGUUCUGUUGCUAUAUUCUUUAAUAACAAUACAUUAGAUAAUGAUAAAAAGUUAUCUCACAAAAUUACGUCUUUAUUCUUGUAAAAUUACAACUUUAUUCUCGUAAAAUUACGUCUUUAUUCUCGUAAUAUGACAUUUUUAAAAUUACAACUUUAUUCUGAUAAUAGUAUGACUUUAUUCUGAUAAUUUUACCAUUUUAUUCUCGUAAAAUGAUGACUUUUAUCUCAUAAUAUUAGGACUUUUUAAGUACUACGUCUUUAUUCUCGAAAGAUGAAAUCUUUUUUUCUCUCUUCAGUUUGGCACUAAUGCUCUGUCAUGAGUUACACACACACACACACACACACACACACAUACACACACCAAAAAAAACAAAACCUAGAAAACAAAACACACACCUCCUCCCGUGGGUCACAGUUUUAGUUUGAGUGACACGGCCCUUGUUUUAUCUGUCACGCCUGUCACUGACACUGAGCUACAGUAAUGUGAGCUCUUCUGCCUCGUGGAGGUAUGAGAGCCGCAGUCACGUGCAGUUCGAGUGCCUCUAUCAAUGCCUUAAUUCAUGUGACACCAGUGGGCCUGUGCCUGGCGCACCGUCACGUGUGGAGGAAAUGCUGAUUGCACCGAGGUCCGAAUCCAAGGUUGCUCCAAAAAGACAAAAGCUGUGUGUAACAUAAACCAUGAUCUCACCAUAUCCUGAUAUAAUUGUACGUGCAUUUGUGUCGGCUGCAUUUAAAAGAUGCUGAAUUGUAAAUCGGGCACAUAUGCACACAUAAGAAGUUCAUCCUGUAGCAUUGACAAACACUUAUCUUCACGCCUUCGAUCAUCAUAUUCAAAACACCCAUUUUUUGAAUUACAGGUGAAAAAGAAUCAAAAUUUAUACUUAUUUAUAAAAAAAGGGGGGGGACAUUUUUAAGUACCCAGGUGGGAUGCAUGCGUUUUAAAGUGUAGUUUACUCGUCUUUUCAACUACCUGAAUACAGCGGAGCACACAGUAACACCUCGGCAGGCUUUAGCCAGUGUUGUCUGAGAGCCUCGAGUGUCCCACAAAUCUUUCCCUUUGAACUAAGUAUAGUUCCUGUUUAGCCCAAAUUAAUUUUGACUUGAUUAACCCGAGGGCUGAUUAAGAUUUUUCUGAGAUGUAAAAGAUGCGAGCGGUCCUUUGAUACAAGUUUAAACAUGACAGGGGGGGGGAAAAAAAAGGAGAAAAAGAUGACAUUUAGCAGCUUCCUCACAAACGACGGUUCCCGCUCUGUUCCGUUUAUGUUCCCUUUGUUUCUGUGCGGCUCUCGUCGUCUGUUUGCAUUAGAAUAAAGGUGUAAAAACGAAGCACAGGUACAAAAAUCCAUCACUUUCAAAGUGCUAAAAGAAACUUUUCUUUCAUAAUUUCAGCGCUGAACCCAAAGCGACACACGGUGCACUCAGUCAGGCUUGUACAACACAGACAUUGAAACAAUAAAGCUUAAAAAAAAAUAUCCCUCAUGUGAAAAGAAAUCAUCCUAUGCAAGAACAAAACUAACAGGUUGUUAUUUUUAACCUGACUGUCAUUAAAGAGUGACUUUGCAGCCUCACACUGAAGUGAGACGCGAGUGUGAGUUAAUGACUUCAUACGGUGGUGACGCACCCUCACUGGUUAUUUCUGUUGCGGCUGUCAUUGGCGUCGACUGGUGCUCCACAAUAUGUUUAAAAAAAUUAAAAAAAGGGUAUUUACUGUAAUGACCAUUUAUCUCAUACGUUUAGUAGCUUGUGCUUUUGUUUUCAGUGACCACCAUUUCGGAAAAGAAAAAAAGAGAGAGCUUUUCAUCUGAGCCAGUGGUAUAAAAAAAACGAUGUAUGUUUUUCGUCCGCAGCGGCACACGAUGGCUUUUUUUUGGUACGUAAUGACCUGUCUGACUGAACAAUGUAAAGUGUCGUGCCGAAAAGAAGAAGCAUGCUGUGUGCUCCUGCUCUGUGAGGAAAAAAAAACACCCCAAAACACUCGCAGUCACAACGGUGCUGUCCAUCCUUACUGUCGAGGUCACGGCCCCGAACGACGACGGCUCCCUUUUAUUUGGAAAGAAACACGGUUCUUGUGUCCGGACGACAGAUAUGGAGCCGUCACGUCUGAUGUGCACUCACUUUCACGAGCAGACUUGUUUCAGAGUCUCUCGUCCUCGUGCUCGGAGGCUUCGGGUUGGAAAAACGGGCUUUCGCUCUACAAAUCUCUGUAUCUCUCUUGUCUCUGUAGUCGACAGUCAAGUAUAUACAGUAUAUAAAUAUAUAUAUCUAUUUUCUUUGUAUACAUAUAUUCAUUACUAUUUUUGCACUGACCUACGGACAGAUGGAUUUAUUUUUUCCACAAAAGGGUGCUAUUAUAACGGAGGCCUUCUCCCACACACACCUUUUUUUGCAUGACUUGCUCAGAAGUCCUCGACUGGUCUGUCAUCUCUCCUACUCUUCUCCUACUACUCCUUAAACUAUUGCAAUUGAAGCACUGUAAUUUUUGUAAUCCCUACUUGUGAGCUUUGAAAUAAACAGGGGAGGCUUCAACUUUG